UCAGAGACUGACCUCCCGGGUCCUGGGGAGGAGCCAGAAGCAGCAACUUCUCUCUCUAAAUGAAUCAGCCUUCACACAAGAAAGGGAAAAGCUCUUCAGCCAUGAGUGGGAGACAGGAGGAAGCACAUUGCCAGGUUGAUGCCGCCGUGCACCGUGUUUGCCUGAGACGGAGGCGUCGGCACCCGCUGGAAUAGCUGCAGGAAGAAACAUGAGGCCUUAGCAGCUCACGCAGGAGGCAAGUUUCGAGAUGGCGGCUCAGCGGAUCCGAGCUGCCAACUCCAACGGCCUCCCCCGGUGCAAGUCAGAGGGGACUUUGAUCGACCUGAGCGAGGGGUUUUCAGAGACAAGCUUUAACGAUGUCAAAGUGCCUUCCCCCAGUGCCUUGCUAGCGGACAGCCCCACACCUUUUGGAAACGCAAAGGAAGUGAUCGCGAUCAAGGACUAUUGCCCAAACAACUUCACCACCCUGAAGUUCUCCAAGGGGGACCACCUCUACGUGCUGGACACGUCGGGCGGCGAGUGGUGGUACGCACACAACACCACCGAGAUGGGCUACAUCCCUUCCUCCUACGUGCAGCCGCUGAACUACCGGAACUCGACCCUGAGCGACAGCGGCGUCAUCGACAACCUCCCGGACAGCCCGGAUGAAGUCGCCACAGAGUUAGAGCUGCUCGGGGGAUGGCCGGAUGACAAGAAAGGGUUGGGCAGAACGUACAGUAACAACCCUUUCUGGAGCGGGGUCCAAACAAACCCAUUUCUGAAUGGGAACGUGCCAGCGCUGCCCAGCUUGGAUGAGCUGAAUCCCAAAAGUACUGUGGAUUUGCUCCUUUUUGAUACGGGCACUUCCUCGUUCACGGAGUCCAGCUCAGCAACCACGAACAGCACCGGCAACAUCUUCGAUGAGCUUCCGGCCACCAACGGACUCCACGCAGAGCAGCCGGCCAAGCGGGACAACCCCUUCUUCAGGAGCAAGCGCUCCUACAGCCUGUCGGAGCUCUCCGUCCUCCAAGCCAAGGCUGACGUUCCCACGUCAUCGAACUUCUUCACGGGGUUGAAGUCACCUGCGCCCGAGCAAUUUCAGAGCCGGGAGGAUUUUCGAACUGCCUGGCUGAACCACCGGAAGCUGGCCCGGUCUUGCCACGACUUGGACUUGCUUGGCCAAAGCCCCGGUUGGGGGCAGACGCAGGCCGUGGAGACGAACAUCGUGUGCAAGCUGGAUAGUUCGGGGGGCGCCGUGCAGCUUCCCGACACCAGCAUCAGCAUCCACAUGCCCGAGGGCCACGUGGCCCCUGGGGAGACGCAGCAGAUCUCCAUGAAAGCCCUGCUGGACCCCCCACUGGAACUCAACAACGACAAGUCCAGCAGCAUCAGCCCCGUUUUAGAGGUCAAACUCAGCAACCUGGAAGUGAAAACCUUCAUCAUCUUGGAGAUGAAAGUUUCAGCCGAGGUGAAAAAUGACCUUUUUAGCAAAAGCACAGUGGCCCUCCAGUGCCUGAGGAGCGACUCAAAGGAAGGGCCGUACAUCUCCAUCCCGCUUGUCUACAGCUACGGGGACACGAUCCAGGUACAGCUGGACAACCUCGAGCCCUGUAUGUACCUGGCCAUCGUUGCCCACGGCCCGAACAUCCUCUACCCCUCCACUGUUUGGGACUUCAUCCAUAAAAAAGUCACCGUGGGUCUCUAUGGCCCCAAACACAUCCACCCAUCCUUCAAGACAGUGGUGACCAUUUUCGGGCAUGAUUGUGCCCCAAAGACGCUCCUGGUCAGCGAGGUCACCCGCCAGGCCCCCAGCCCUGCCCCAGUGGCCUUGCAGCUGUGGGGCAAGCACCAGUUCAUCUUGUCCAGGCCCCAGGAUCUCAAAGUAUGCAUGUUUUCCAAUAUGACCAAUUACGAAGUGAAGGCCGGGGAGCAGGCCAAGGUCGUGCGGGGCUUCCAGAUGAAGCUGGGCAGGGUGAGCCGCCUCAUAUUCCCCAUCACCUCGCAGAACCCCGGCGAUCUCUCUGACUUCACACUGCGGGUGCAGGUCAAAGACGAUCAGGAGGCCAUCCUGACCCAGUUCUGCGUCCAGACUCCCCAGCCACCCCCGAAAAGUGCCAUCAAGCCAUCUGGGCAAAGGAGGUUUCUCAAGAAGAACGAAGUUGGGAAAAUCAUCCUGUCCCCUUUCGCCGCCACCACCAAGUACCCGACCUUUCAGGACCGGCCCGUGUCCAGCCUCAAGUUCGGCAAGCUGCUCAAGACCGUGGUGCGGCAGAACAAGAACCACUACCUACUGGAGUACAAGAAGGGCGACGGGAUCGCGCUGCUCAGUGAGGAGCGCAUCAGGCUCAAGGGACAGCUAUGGACCAAGGAGUGGUACAUCGGCUACUACCAGGGCAAGGUUGGCCUCGUGCACGCCAAGAACGUGCUGGUGGUCGGCAGGGCCCGGCCCAGCCUGCUCUCGGGGCCCGAACUGAGCACCUCGGUGCUGCUGGAGCAGAUCCUCCGGCCCUGCAAGUUCCUCACCUACAUCUACGCCUCGGUGAGGACCUUGCUCAUGGAGAACAUCAGCAGCUGGCGCUCCUUCGCCGACGCCCUGGGCUACGUGAACCUGCCGCUCACCUUCUUCUGCCGGGCAGAGCUGGACAGUGAGCCCGAGCGGGUGGCGUCUGUCCUAGAGAAGCUGAAGGAGGACUGCAACAACACGGAGAGCAAAGACCGGAAGUCCUUUCAGAAGGAGCUCGUGAUGGCCUUGCUGAAGAUGGACUGCCAGGGCCUGGUGGUCCGCCUCAUCCAGGACUUCGUGCUCCUGACCACGGCCGUGGAGGUGGCGCCGCGCUGGCGGGAGCUGGCCGAGAAGCUGGCCAAGGUCUCCAAGCAGCAGAUGGACGCCUACGAGUCUCCCCACAGGGACAGGAACGGAGUCGUAGACAGUGAGGCCAUGUGGAAACCCGCCUAUGACUUCCUACUCACCUGGAGCCACCAGAUCGGGGACAGCUACCGGGACGUCAUCCAGGAGCUGCACACGGGCCUGGACAAGAUGAAAAACCCCAUCACCAAGCGCUGGAAACACCUCACAGGGACGCUGAUCCUCGUGAACUCCCUGGACAUCCUGCGAGCCGCCGCCUUCAGCCCCGCCGACCACGACGACUUCGUGAUCUGAACUUGUGAUCUGAACGGGUUCCCUGCCACCCGCUGCUGCUCUGGAGCACGAGUCCCCAGCUGCCCUACUGUCACCUGGCAGCUGCUCAGACUGACUCAGGGUCCACCCGCUGGACCCGCACCCAGGGACCGUGUCCACGUGAUGCUCCACCCUCUCCCCCUCCAGGGAGAGGCCCGAAUGGAUUUUCUACUGCUGGUCGUUGCCAAUCAAAUAGCUUUCUAUUUGUUAAGUAUACAUUUAAAUGUAAAAUCACUUUUAUAAAGAAUGGGGGGAGGGGACAUACGAGAAAGGUGGGAUCUAAUUUUGUAAUGGACCACAAAGGUUGAAAAACAAAAAACAACUUAAUAGGGGCAGAUGCUGUUGAAGUUUUUAUGUUGUUUAAGACCUUUUUAAAUUAUGUCACCGAUGUACAUAGGUAUUUAAAGGUCAUCGGGGCGUCUCUGAUUCCCAGACAUACUUUGCAUUUCAACACUGCACAGAAGGAUGCUUGUUCGGGUGCUGGACCUUUCUCACUCCCCGCUUGCAAAAAGAUAAAUCGAACGGGAGAGGCGGCUGUUCAGUAAGUGGGCGCAGCCCACACCCAUUCUUUCGGAGAAGCCCUAGGUCCUGCGCCUCUUAUUUUAAUUGUCUUCCGUCUUUUGCCUCAUGCUGUAGUCGGUGAUCGUCCACAGAACACGUGAAUCUCUGGUGAGCUUUAGAGGGCAGAGUUAAAUCCCACGUUAGCAAUCAGGUGCCGGGAGGUGUUUCUGCCACCAGACUAGAAAGCAGCCAGGAGGUGACAUUCUUCACGGCCCCUGCCUGUGUCACUUGCAAGAACAGUGCCAUUGACAAUGAGGUGGCCCCUGCUGCCCCAAGAGCCAUCGUACUGUUUCUCCCUUGAGGGCAGGGGGUGCUUCCUGCAGAGGACGGGAAGACAACUUCACCACCGCAUCAGAGCCCUGGCGGCCACCAACUCUUCUCACGCCCUUUGCAAAUACCACGGUCGGCCCCAAAAGCGGCACCGUACGCUGACGUGCAGAGGUGCCAGCUGCCAUUUGCCAAACUCUGCAUUUCAUUUCAUUUCAUCUGAGAUUUAAUCCCUCUUCCUUCCUGGUGUACCUCCUUGAAAAGAAAUAAUGUAGGUGAAACCAUUUUUUGUACAACAUAAAGAUCAUCUGAGCAACAUGAACAUUUUCUAAAAGUGAAAAUGUUUCUCAUAUAAAAUCAGGACGUUGGCAGAGCGUUGCAUUAGUAACCUUUAGGGUGCAGACAUGUGUGCUGAAUUCUACAAUUGCAUGGUAGUGGUGGCGUCUCAGAGGGGGGCAAGACCAGGACUGACACCUGGCCAGUCCCCGGAGUGAGGUGAUUCCCAGGGAUGUGCCAGGACACGCACCGUGUUUGUCGGAAGUGGAGCUGGGCCACCGGGGGUCCCUCAAUCUCAUUCUCUAAAACCGCUUCUUGAAACGUGUUAAUUAUUUAGUAUAAUCCAUGUGUGCUCCCCUCCUGCGCCAGAACAUUGUUACAUAGCUACUGAUUCAGAUACUGAAGACCAACCAACUGAAAACACAAACACUAGAU